UAAUAAUUAUAGAAAAAUGUAUUCCAAUAGCAAACUUGAGAGAAAGGAAUUCCCAUUGCUACCAUUGACAAAGUGUAGCGAUGAGCUGGAAGACUGUGACAUUAGCGAAGAGGUCCUCUCAGAGUCUUCCAUCAGAGCGCCUAGGGUAUGAGCUCUUAGCAGCAAAUCCCCCCUCAGUAACAAGUUACUGACAAAGCAGGAUCUUUGACUCAGCUUGGUGAAUAGCCCAACGAGUGUGAAGAAUGGGUCCAAGGUUUACCAGUUUAAAAAGUCUGCAUUUUGAAAGUAAAUAUAAAAAAUUUGGAACCUCAAAAGAGAGCCAAGUCACGAGUCAUUCACCACUAAAAUCAGAGAUCAGAGGACUUUUGCAAAGAAUAAUUAGCCAGAAGAAAGAGGAGAAGAUACGGUUAAGGACUAGGUAUAAAUCAUUACCUGUGAAGAUACAAGAACCUCGCCUAGGGGAAAGAACAGAUUGCUACAUUGUCACAAUGAAUGAUGUGCAUACACCUGAAUAAAUCUUUUGAUGAUUUAUCAAAACAUGUAAUCCUCUCGUUCUUUUGACUCCUAUUUCUUCAUAAAAUUUCAAGGCCUAAUUUACACCUGAAAAAGCAUAGUUCCUUCAUGGGGUUGAGUUAGCCUGAGAUUAUGCAAGGAUUAACCAUUGAGUUCGAGCUUCUGUAAUAAUUUCUAGUAAUGAAGCAAUU